AUGGCUUCCUCCUCGUCAUUUUCUUCCUCAACACCAAGUUGGAAAUAUGAUGUCUUUCUUAGUUUUAGAGGUGAAGAAACUCGUAAUACUUUUACGGAUCAUCUAUAUGAUGCUUUGAAAAAGAAGGGCAUUAUCACCUUUAGAGAUGAGGAAAAACUUGAGACAGGAAAAUCUAUUUUAUCGGAGCUCUUUAAAGCAAUAGAAGAUUCGACAAUUGCAUUGGUCAUUCUCUCAAAAAACUAUGCAUCUUCUACAUGGUGCUUGGAUGAACUUGGAAAGAUUGUUGACUGCAUGAAAGAAAAGGGAAUGACAGUUCUGCCAGUUUUUUACGAUGUGGAUCCAUCUGAUGUACGAAAACAAUUAAAAACUUUUGAAAAAGCUUUUGUUGCACAUGAAGAAAGAUUUAAGGAAAAUAUGGAGAAGGUUGAAAUGUGGAAAAAUGCUUUGACAGAAGUGGCCAAUCUUAAAGGGUGGCAUUUAUUGAAUAGGCCUGAGUCAAAAAUCAUCCAAAACAUUGUGGAAGACAUAUGGCAUAAAUUGAGUUAUGCAUUCUCUGAAUGUAAUGAAGGCAAAGUUGGAAUAAUUUCUCGAGGAGAGAAAUUGGUGUCACUUUUGUCUAUAGGGUCAAAUGAUGUUCGCAUUAUAGGGCUUUGGGGGAUGGGCGGAAUUGGUAAAACAACUCUUGCUAGAGUUGUUUUUCGCAUGGUUUCUGAGAAGUUUGAAAGAAGUUGUUUUCUCUCCAAUGUUAAGGAAGAAUAUGAAAAAAGUGGUUUAGUUCCACUCCAACAUCUACUUAUUCUUAAACUUUUGAAUGAAAGUAUGAAUAUACACGAUGUUGAUGAAGGAGUUUUCAUAAUCAAGAAUAGGUUACGUCAUAAAAGAAUUCUUCUCAUUCUUGAUGAUGUAAAUCAAUUAGAGCAAUUAGACAACUUAGCUGGGAAUCAUAUUUGGUUUGGUUUAGGUAGCAGAAUAAUCAUAACAACAAGGGAUAAACAUUUACUACAAUUAGCAGAUGACAUAUAUGAUGUUGAGGGAUUGGAUGAUGGUGAAGCUCUUAAUCUUUUGAGUUUGAAAGCUUUUAAAACAGAUCAUCCUCCCAAAGAUUUUCUAGAGUUGUCCAAAGAUGUUGUGCAUUAUGCCAAAGGACUUCCUUUAGCUAUUGAAACUUUGGGUUCCUUUUUGUUCAAUAGAGGUGUCGAUAUAUGGAAAAGUACAUUAAAUAGGCUUAAAGAAUUUCCAGAAAGUGCAAUUCUUCAAAAGCUUAAAAUAGGGUUCUUGUUGAUAAAUCUCUCAUAA